CAGUCAACAACAAGCCCAUAAUCAUGAAAGCAUGGUCAGAAGAUUUUAAUAUACAAGAUGAAGUUUUGAAAACUAUUCCCUUAUGGGUGAGAUUCCCUAAUCUACCUAUCAAUUGUUGGAGUAUGAAAGCAUUGAACAAGAUAGGUAGCACAUUGGGGAGUCCGGUGUAUGCUGAUGAAUGCACUACUGGCUCAAUUAGGAUUUCCUAUGCACGAAUGCUAAUUGAAAUGGAUAUCACUAAGCCUCUACCUAGGUCUGUGAAGCUACAAGACCCUAAGGGGAGGAUAAUCCAGCAGGAAGUUACUUAUGACUGGGAGCCAAAAUACUGCACAAAGUGUCUGAAAAUAGGGCAUGAUUGUGCUGAGAUUAAAACAGCUCAACCACAAAGGAUGAUUCAGCAGAGGAAGGUGACAAAAGGUAAGCAAGUAUGGCUUAGAACAGAUAGAGAUGGUGGAAAUGAGAAGAAGGUGAAUGAACAGCAGAAAAUAAGUGAGACUACUCAGCAGUCAGAACCAGAAUCAAAAGACAAAGAUGCACAAAAAAAGGAUGAGGGGUGGAUAACAGUCCUAGGAAAAUCAGCAGCUAGGGCAACUAAGGCUAAACAACCUGAGGAGCAGGAACUAGCUGGGAGCAAUGGAUUCCAAAGCUUGGCAAAGGACCAAAUACAUGAUGAACCAGGUACAAGCAAAAUGCAGAUGAGGAGCUCAGAGGUGCAGGAACUGUAUCAUCAUCCCUAUUUUAUACCGGUAUGAGUGUGAUAACAUGGAAUG